UGAUCUCACACAGUCAACCACGACACCCGCCGAUAACCCGGACGACAUUGCACUAUAUGUAUUCUCUCCAUACACACAGAAUAUAAACUGAGUGGUGCUUUAUUGUCAUCACGUAUUACAACCCUCCACCCCCUUCCUCAAAUUUCUGAGGCGGCGCUGCCUCCGCUGACGGAGCCGCGUUUACGUUGGAGGGUGGGGUGACUCAGCCGGAAAGAAGCCUUUCUCUUUUUUUUUUUCUUCCUCUCUCUCCACUUUAUCACCUUGUUGUAAGUAACCUGCGGGAGGCAGCGCACUGGGUUAUUGUCUCCUGAGCAUCCGAUGAGUGGCCUCGCCCCAAAAACCAGCCACCACAACAAAAGCAACCGUCGCACAGUUGCUGUGCAUGUCAAAGGCGACGAGCACGAAGCACCACGCAUUGAUCUGACCGGUGAUGAGGCUCGUUUAGAUCCCCAGUGAUCAAUGUGAUGUGGUGGACUGAAAUAACCCACCCUACGGAGCAGGCGGCCCGGCCCCGCGGUCACGUGGUGCAGGCUGCAGCGACGUCACUCGGCCAGAGAUUUGUGAAGAACAGGCAGACGGAGGCAGAGAGCUCCGGAGGUGCGGCACUUUUCUUAGCAUUCGCAUCGUCCCUGUCGUUUGUUGGCCCUUUUUUUUUUUCUUGUUUUCCUCUCACGGCCUGACGGAGAACAGAGUCUCUGUUCGACAUCUUUGGACACGCAAAUGCCCGGUCCCACCCAAGCCCUUUCCCCAAAUGGAGAGAAUAACAACGACAUCGUCCCGGACAACGGAACCAACAUCAUUCCUUACAGGAAAAACACGGUGCGGGGAGAGCGCGCCUACAGUUGGGGGAUGGCGGUCAACGUAUAUUCUACCUCAAUAACCCAGGAGACUAUGAGCAGGCAUGACAUCACUGCCUGGGUUAACGAUAUUCUCUGUCUAAACUAUACGAAAGUGGAGCAGCUCUCCUCAGGGGCUGCCUAUUGCCAGUUCAUGGAUCUGCUCUUCCCUGGCUGCAUCAGUCUUAAGAAGGUGAAGUUCCAAGCUAAAUUGGAGCACGAGUACAUUCACAAUUUCAAACUGUUACAGGCAUCCUUCAAAAGAGUGAACGUGGACAAGAUUAUUCCUGUGGAGAAACUGGUCAAAGGCAGAUUUCAGGACAAUCUUGAUUUCAUCCAGUGGUUUAAGAAGUUCUUUGAUGCUAAUUACGACGGUAAAGAGUAUGACCCGGUCACAGCCAGACAGGGUCAGGAUGCCAUCCCCCCACCGGACCCUGGUGAGCAGAUCUUCAACCUGCCAAAGAAGUCCCACCAGGCAGCCAGCUCCCCUACUGCAGGAGCAUCAAGGUCAAGCUCUACAACCCCCAAGUCCUCAACACCAACAUCCCGACCCUCAUCUGCCAAAAAGGUCCCUGUUACAACAACUCCUGCCAAGGGGGAGAAAGAACUGGAAGCACAGGUCACACAUCUUACCGAUCAGGUGGACACAUUAAAGUUGGCACUGGAAGGGGUGGAAAAAGAGCGGGACUACUACUUCAGCAAGCUGCGAGAGGUGGAGCUGCUGUGCCAGGAACAGGGCGAAGAAAGUGCCCCGUUUGUCGACCGGCUAAUGGAGGUCCUUUACGCCUCAGACGAGCAGGAGAGUGUGGAGCUGGCUGCUGGUGACGGACAGGAAGUGGACCAGCAAGCGCACGAGGAGGCACCAGAUGAUCAGCAGGAGGAACAGGAUGAAUACUGACUGCCAUCAACCCUCACUUGCAGUCACACCCCUCUUUUUAAUAUGUGAGAACUGUUAAAAGGAUUUUUAAUUUUUCCUCAUGGUUUAUGUUUUUGUUUUCUCCAAGACUGAGCACAUGAAGCAACCUCCUGAAUAGAAGCCCCAUCACAGUUUUUACCAAUUUUUUUGUAUCCCUCUGCUCACUGUUCAAUGUUUUUUGUGACUUUUGCUGAAAUGCUGUGGGAGGUUUGUGGUGACGACCUCCACCAGCAGACAAGCUCAGACCAUCACAGAAGUUUCCGAGGACUGUGUGCGUGGAAGAGUCAAUUCAAAUCCUGCGGUAGAUGUGAUGAAAUGCUGAAGUUUAGACGGGUAACUCUUACCUGUCCGUGCAAGUGUUAACCGCCCAGCUUCUGUUCUUCUUCAUUUCAUGUUGUUUUUAUUUUGCAUAUCAACAAUAUUAAUCACAAGAAUUGCAAUAAGCAAGGCCCUGAAAGGGCUAGUAGUAGCUCUUAUUUAACCUCCUUCCACAUGUUGCACUGACAUUUGACUCUGUAUUGGACAAUCUGUCCAUAGACCCUAACCAUAUUUAUUAUUGCAAAGCCUUAGGUAUAGUGCAAGACUCUUAAUUACAUCCUCGUGAAGGAGGACGUCACAGUCGACGAAUUGUGAAUAAAAUGUAGUAUAAAGCCAAUUUAUGACCGUUUGACAGCUAUCCUCACAAAUUCCAACAUUUCAGAUAAUCGGUGUGCUCCACAGUGUACAGUACGUUCCUCACACCGUACAAGGUGGUUUGGUAUUAGAAUUUACUUGGUAUGCCAUAAACAUAGGUAAGGAUAAAGAAGAAGAACAUUAUUGUGGACUAGUCUUACUUAAAUGCAGCAUUUUAAUUUUUAAACCUCAGCUGGAACCUGUGGUCUGUUCAGAUUUCAGCCGUUUUUUUUAACCACAGGUCUUAGGGAGAUGAGUCUGUUCACUGAGUAAUUUGCCAUGCUAUAUUCCAGUAAGUACAUUGUAUACCCCUUCUUAAUAUUGCAUUUACUAAUAUUGAACUGGGCAGUGCACCAUAAUGCUUUAGUCAUAUAUUAUUGUGUAAAUGAAAAGGAAUGUAAACUUGUACUGUCAAUAAUUAAUGAAUGGUAAAUGUUUUUUUUCAUGUCCCACUCAUUAUGCAUUCCCCAAAAACGUGUUGCAUGUUUGCAUUUUAUUUGUGAAUAACUUGACCUGCUUUUUACAUAUUUAAUAAAAAAAAAAAGUACUUUAAGUGAGCUUUUGUAUGUUUACCUGCUAUUUGAAAGAUGUUGAGAUUCGGAUGGAUUUGCUGUAAUAAAAUUACGUUUUGAGUCCA